AUUGAAACAAUUCUGAAAAAUCCAAUACAAAGAGAAAAUCAAAUACUUGUUUUUAACAAUUACCUAUGUAUUAAUUAGUGCGUACUUCGAUUAUGUGGAUAAUUUUUCUGUAUUUUACUCCAUGAUUAAUUAAUUGGAUAAUUGGACAUGGGUAAUUCCGGUCUCAAGCAACAUUACGACACAGCGUCAAAAACUGGUGUUUUACAGAUAACUGAUCACAAAUUGAAGGAAAUUCCCCAUGAAGUGCUUAAUUUAUGUGAAAUCCUUAGAAAUUUAGAUUUAUCCAAAAACAGACUAUCUUAUUUGCCAGACGAGCUAAGUAAAUUUAAGCAGCUGAAACAACUUAAAUUGGAAAGUAAUAAACUGGAUUCCUUACCCGAGUGUAUAGUAAACUUAAAGAAAUUAGAAUUAUUAAAUGUUGCAUAUAAUUCUAUUGUCACACUUCCUAAGUCAUUUAAAUGUAUGUGUAAUUUAAAGCAUAUUUAUUUGAACAACAAUAAAUUUAAACAUUUUCCAUUGCAAUUGCUCGGACUGCAAAAUCUGGAAGUUGUAGAUUUGUCACAUAAUAAGAUUACUGAAAUACCUUCAGGAAUGUCAGAACUCUAUGCAGUGGAGUUAAAUUUAAGUCAAAAUGAGAUCUCAGUGAUAUGCAAUGACUUGCAUGAGGCACCAAAAUUAAAGAUAUUGAGACUCGAAGAGAACUGUUUGAGCUUAGAAGCAAUAAAUCCAAAUUUGUUGCGAGAUUCAAAAAUUCAUACAUUAAAUUUAGAUGGAAACCUCUUUGAAGUGAAACAGUUAGCUUCUCUUGAAGGAUAUAAUGAAUAUACAGAGAGAUACACUGCUAUGAAAAAGAAAAUGUUUUGAUAUUUUACAAAUUGUUUUACGAAACUUUGUACCACAUAUUUUAGCUGAAUUAUAAUUAUUCCACUGUCAUUAAGCAGUUGUUGCUUUCAAUUAUAUUUAUUGAAUUGUUAACUCUAUUUUAGUAUAGUAAAAGGUGAUAAAGUUUGUAAAUCAGGAUUAUGUUAAGGAUUAUUUUCAUUAUAAGUGUUAAAAACUUACACCUUAAUGACAUUGGGGAUAGUGCAAUAGCUCUUUAAAUUUUUAAGUGAAUUAACAUAAAAUAAUUUAUUUAAUAUAUGUACAUGGUUAUAUGAGUUCAGACAUUUUAAAAUCCUUAUAACAUUGAUUUAGUUUUCGUUGUUAUGAUUGUUAUGGAUAAAUGUAGCCAUAAUUUACUUGACUCUUGACUUCAAUUAAUUUUAGUUAAAAAUACCUACAUUACAAAAUUAUUGAAAUCAAAUCAGUAUCUGAUUUUAAACAAAUUUUUUUAAGGAUACGCAUCAAGUACUUCACAGAUUGUAUUUAGUUAUGUGGAAUUGCACUAUCAUUUUCUUUGUAAUUGAUAUGUUCUAAUUAUCAUGACCAAAUAAAUAAUGAUAUGUAUCAUAAAUAUAUAUUAAAGAACAUUGUAUAUAUUGCUUAGGUCUCAAAUAAGUAGGCUUUAGCACUUGUAUUAAGAAAUGAAACCAGGGUGCAAGCCACUCUGUUAUGGAGUUAGUCAAUGAUAUUUUUAAAACAGUUUUUUUCAUAUAUUUAUUUUAGAUACUUUAUUAAUAUUAUAAAACAAGCUACUUUAUUGUAAUGCACAUUAUUUUACAGUAAUACUCAACUAAUAAUGGUGAGCCAUGAUAAAAUACAACCAAUUAGGUUUUAGUCACAUUGGUACUUUGAAUUCUGUUUGGUCAUAAUUUGCAGUCUUCUUAACAAGUACAUAGGUACAUAGCCGUAUCAGUUGCUAGUUCAUACUAAGUUGACGUUAUAAGUAUGUAUUCAUAAUAUUUUCCUUAAUAAACCUAUAUGUGUUUAAUUAUCACCAGUGAAAAUGAUCUUCACUACACAUUAUGUAUCAUUAUAUAAUAUUUUCACUUUAAUAAUAUUUCACCUUAGCAACAUGCUAAUUUAAAUUUUGUAAUUAAAUUAUUACUCUAAAUCAUCGUCUCAUUAUUGUGUUUUCUAUGAUAUGUGAUGCAAGUUAAAAGUUUAUCAUUUUAAUAAAAAAUAUAUUCUUACUAU